UGGAGUUUGCCCUGGCCAUGGAGAAGCUGCUGCUGUCAAGGACCGUGUACCUGGGGAACCCACGCGAGAUUAUGGAUGCUUUUGGUCGCCGCGGCUUUCCACAAGUGGUUGGCCUCAUGGACGGGUGCCACUGCCUGAUCAUACCACCCUUGGGGCUGAGGAAUGCCUAUGUCAACAGAAAGGGCUCCUAUUCUGUCAUCCUGCAAGGGACAUGUGACCACACAGGAACAUUCGUGGACGUGGAGCUCGGGUGGCAUGGGUCAGCACACGAUGCCAGGGUGGCACGGAAUUCUCUCAUCUACGAGGCCAUGGAGGCUGGCAUCUAUGUGCCAGGGAACCCCAGCAUCAACAUCAGAGGCCAGCAGAUCGGGCCCCUGAUACUGGCUGACUCUGCCUACCCAAUUCGGAAGUGGCUCAUGACACCCUUUAAGACCCCACGCACUCCCAAACAGAAGAUCUUCAACCAGAAGUUGAAUCGCGUGAGGGGGGCUGUGGAGAGAUCGUUUGGCAGAUUGAAGGCGAGAUGGCGCUGUCUCACUGCCCCACUCCUGGUGGUAGAGGAGAACGUGGUGCCCAUCCUGGUAUCAUGUGUCAUUCUGCACAACAUCUGUGAGACCAAGGGCAGGGUCCUGGACGAGGGCAUGCGAUAUAGGCGCCGUUUUGUGCUGCCCGCCCCAGCACCAAUCACAGAGGCUGAAGAGAAACAGAAGAAGAAAGACGGGGAGACUGUGAGGAAUGCCCUGGCAGAUUUUUUCCUGACAAGGAGAAUCUGAAGGAUGGCUCCUGUGCCAUCAUCUGUGAUGUCAGAGUGCACUGUUCUGUAAUACCAUAAGCACAUAAAUAAAUGUAUCCCAUUAUCCACAGUA